AAGGUCAAAGAGAGGAUAGAAAAUCCAAAGCAGAAGAUCAAAAGACCUAAAAAUUUAGGCGAUGUCUGUAGUCGUGCAUGACCCGGACGUUGUUGGUGAUGUCGAUCCCGAAGGCGAAGCAAGAGACCAAGUCCUCAUCGAAGAAAUGUUGAAUGAGUGGACCGACGAACCACAGUUCUGCCAUGACGUGUACCCAGAGAGCGACGGUGAAGAUAACGCAGAUGGUCCAGAGAGAGUUCACACUCAUAUCAGGCGUGGUGAUGGGCAUCUGUACCCGAAGCAAACCUUUUUCAGUGGAGUUGCAUUCAAAGAAGCUGUCGUCGAUUAUGCUUUAAGAACCGGAUGCAAUCUGAAGCAGUACAGGUAUGAUCAAGAUAAAAUUGGCUUUAAAUGUGUUGGUAAUGAUGGUAAGGAAGAGGGAGUAAGGUGUGAAUGGCAAGUGUAUGCCGCGAGUCUUCCAAACGAUCCAAUGUGGAAGAUUAGGAAGUUCAUAGAUAAGCAUAGCUGCAUCCCAAAUGGAGAGUGUGAGAUGUUUAAGGUGCCGCAUAUAGCUAGGUUGUUUGUAGAUAAGAUAAGAGAGAAUCCGGAGUUCUACAUGCCAGCUAAGAUUGAAGAACUCAUAAAAGAACAGUGGAAGAUCAGUGUGACAAGGAAUCAAUGCCAGGCUGCGAGGAAGAAGGCUAGGCAAUGGAUUGAGAAGGAGUAUGACGAUCAAUUUGCAAGAUUAAGAGACUAUGCGGCUGAGAUUCUUGAAGCAAAUCCUUAUUCACAUGUAGAAGUUGAUUGUCUGACUGAGGAAGGUAAGGGUCAGUUGUUGGUAGCAUUAGGCAGGGAUGCUAAUAACAAGAUCUAUCCUGUAGCUUGGGGAGUGGUUAAAGUGGAGAAUACAGAGAAUUGGGUUUGGUUUGUGAAGAAUUUGAAGGAAGACUUAGGGUUAGGUGAUGGUGAAUGCUUCAUCAUGCUCUCAGAUAGGCAGAAGGGAUUGAUCAAAGCAGUCUCUCUUGAGUUGCCAAGCAUAGAGCAUCGGAUGUGUGUGCAACACAUUUAUGGGAAUUUGAAGAAGAAUCAUGGAAGCAAAACAAGGAUGAAGCCACUGUUAUGGAAUCUGGCAUGGGCAUAUAAUGAGAAAGACUAUAAGCAGCAUCUGGAGAAGAUCUUCUGCUAUGACACAGUGGUAUUCAAUGAUAUCAUGAAGACAAAUCCCAUGAGUUGGUGCAUGGCAUUCCAGAGGAGAGGCAACUACUGUGAAGACGUGGACAACAACUUCACUGAGUCUUUCAAUGGUUCUCUGAACAAAGCAAGAGAGAAGCCAUUUGUGGCUAUGUUAGAGACUAUAAGACGACUUGCUAUGGUGAGGAUUGCCAAAAGGUCUGUGGAAUCUCACACUCACACAGGGAGCUGCACUCCUUAUGUGGCAUUGGUCCUCUCUGCUGAGCACAAGUUUGCUUCUCUGGCAAAAGUGUCUACAAGCACCAAUGGCAUGUAUGAAGUCAGACAUGGCUUAGAUUCUCAUCGUGUAUGCUUGAAGAGCUACACAUGUACAUGCCAGAAGUGGCAAAUUCGUGGCAUCCCGUGUGAGCAUGCGUAUGGAGUGAUCUUGGACAAGAAGCUUGCACCAGAGGACUAUGUGUGUCAUUGGUUCAGGACAUCAACCUGGAAAAAGAACUACACUGAUGGUUUGUGUCCACAGAGAGGUCCUAAGUUCUGGCCUGAGACUCAACUUCCUGCUGUGUUUAAUCCACAGCCACCAGAAGGAGAGAAGAAGAUGACAAAAGAGGAUAAGAAGAGGAAGAAGGGUGUCAAUGAGUCUCCAACUAAGAAGGCAGCAAAGAACAAGAAACGGAUCAUGCAUUGUGGCAUUUGUGGGAUAGCUGAUCACAAUUCUAGGGGAUGCCAGAAGAAAGCUAAGGCUUCUCAAUCUGUUUUGCAGCCUUCUCAACCUGAACCAAGUCAAGAUUUAGGAAGAAAGAGUCUUGUAAUGGUGAUGAGAAAGCUUCAGCUAGAGCUACCAUUGAACCAGACGCAGAAGGUCAGAUUUAAGAAAGCUAUGGAGCGGCUACAAUUGCUGUCAUCGACAACAAACAACUCUGUUAUCAUCGCCGACUCCAUCCACGAAGAUGACUUCCUCCUUAAGGGACACGGAACUUCCGAGGUCGAUGGUGAGUUACUAGCGACUGUAUGUGGAGUUGUGACUCACGUGGACAAGCUCGUCUAUAUACAUACCUUGCGAGCCAGGUACAAGCCUGAGGUUAAAGAUAUUGUGGUAGGACGUGUCAUUGAGGUCUCAAAAUGUUGUUGGAGAUUGGAGCUCAACUCUACUAAAGAUGGAAUAUUGAAGCUUUCUUCUAUGGAUAAUGAUGUUCAGAGGCGUAAAACGUAUGUGGAUGAACUCAACAUGCGGAAUAUCAUUGUUGAAGAUGAUGUUGUUUGUGCCGAAGUAGGAUGUAUUCACCGCGAUGGCGGUAUGGAGUUACAAGCUCCAAGUCACAAGUAUAGCAAGCUUGAAAAGGGACAACUUCUGAUGGUUGAUCCUUACUUGGUUAAGAAAAACAACCAUCACUUUCAUUACAUAGAAAGUCUUGGGAUCGAUUUGAUUAUUGGCCGCAAUGGCUUUAUUUGGGUUGGGGAACAUAUUCAAGCAGAAAAUCCUAUGAUUGUGGAUGAUGAGAUGAUCAAACAUACUUCACUUGAGACUCGAAAAAGCAUUCUUAGAAUCGGGAAUGCGAUACGGGUCUUGUCUAAUCUAGGCUUCACCGUGACUCUAGAAGUAAUCAUGGAAACUGUUAACUUAAGCAACAUGGAGAAUAUCGACGUAUAUGACAUGCUUGGAUCAGAGUUUCACGUUUUGGUCGCAGAGAAUGAAAUUGAAAGAAGAAUAAGACGUGCAUAGAAGAAAAAUGUGAAAGCCCCAUCAAAAGCUUUUGUGAUGUUUUUUUUUUUUGGUUGCUCGUUCGACAGAGAAUUGUAAAUGAUACAUGUGGGCUUGUUCUGACUAUAACUUCUACAAACUCAAAAUUAUAAAAUCUGAUUAUGGAU